CUAUAUCUGGUCUCCCCGGACCCUGCAGUCACUAUAUCUGGUCUCCCCGGACCCUGCAUUCACUAUAUCUGGUCUCCCCGGACCCUGCAUUCACUAUAUCUGGUCUCCCCGGACCCUGCAUUCACUAUAUCCGUCUCCCCGGACCCUGCAUUCACUAUAUCUGCUCUCCCAGGACCCUGCAUUCACUAUAUCCGCUCUCCCCGGACCCUGCAUUCACUAUAUCCUGGCCCUGCAUUCACUAUAUCCUCUCUCCCCGGACCCUGCAUUCACUAUAUCUGGUCUCCCCGGACCCUGCAUUCACUUUAUCUGCUCUCCCCGGACCCUGCAUUCACUAUAUCUGGUCUCCCCGGACCCUGCAUUCACUAUACCUGGUCUCCCCGGACCCCGCAUUCACUAUAUCUGGUCUCCCCGGACCCCGCAUUCACUAUAUCUGCUCUCCCAGGACCCUGCAUUCACUAUAUCUGGUCUCCCCGGACCCUGCAUUCACUAUAUCUGGUCUCCCCGGACCCUGCAUUCACUAUAUCUGGUCUCCCCGGACCCUGCAUUCACUAUAUCUGGUCUCCCCGGACCCUGCAUUCACUAUAUCUGGUCUCCCCGGACCCUACAUUCACUAUAUCCAGUCUCCCCGGACCCUGCAUUCACUAUAUCCAGUCUCCCCGGACCCUGCAUUCACUAUAUCUGGUCUCC